AUGAUGAGAAACCAGACAAUAACAACCUUCAUUCUCCUCGGACUGACAGAUGACCCUCAAUUUCAGAUUCCAAUUUUUAUGUUUCUAUUUCUCACUUACAUGUUAAGUAUAACUGGGAAUCUGACCAUUAUAUUCCUCACUUUGCUCGACUCCCACCUUAAAACACCCAUGUACUUUUUCCUACAGAAUUUUGCCUUAUUAGAAAUUUCAUUUACAUCUGCUUGUAUUCCUAGAUAUUUAUACAACAUAGCAACAGGUGACAGAUCAAUAACUUACAAUAUUUGUGUCACUCAAGUGUUUUUUAUUGAUGCAUUUGGGGUAACAGAAUUUUAUCUUUUGGCCAUCAUGUCUUAUGAUCGCUAUGUGGCCAUCUGCAAACCCCUGCAUUAUGUAACCAUCAUCAACAAAGUUUGCAGAAGGUUUGUCCUCUGCUGCUGGACAGCUGGUGUGUUGAUCAUACUCGCACCACUUAUCAUGAUAGUAAAUCUAGAAUUCUGUGACUCGAAUGUCAUUGAUUAUUUCUUCUGUGAUUCAUAUCCUAUAUUGAAGAUAUCAUGCUCAGACACCUGGCUUUUAGAGCAGAUGGUGAUAACCUGUGCUGUACUGGCCUUCAUCACAACCCUUCUGUGUGUUGUUCUGUCCUAUAUCUGCAUUAUCAAGACUAUUCUACAAUUCCCCUCUGCCCAGCAAAGAAAAAGGGCCUUUUCUACCUGUUCUUCUCACAUGAUUGUUGUUUCCAUUACAUAUGGAAGCUGUAUUUUCAUCUAUGUUAAACCUUCAGCAAAAGAAUCAGUGGCUAUUAAUAAGAGUGUGACAGUGCUAAUGACAUCCAUAGCUCCCAUGUUGAACCCAUUCAUUUACACUCUGAGAAACAAACAAGUGAGACAAGCUUUCAGUGACUCAUUCAAAAGAAUUGCAUUACCCUCAAAGAAGUAA